UCAGAAGUGACAUCUUGCUUACUACUUUGCAUGUGAUCACUGAUUGGCCAAUCAGUGAUCACAUGAUCGGGACCUCGUACAGAGGUCCCGUCCGACGAUCGGUGUUUCACUGUGUCCGGAGGACACAGCGGGCAUCGGAUCGCGGUGCUGCGCGCUCCCAGGGAGCGCGCACAAGCAGGAAAGUGGGAGGCAUGAGGGAAGUAAGGAUAUUAGGAUGUUUAGAGUGAAGAAUGGUGAACACAUUUUUUUUUUUUGCUGUUAAACUUUCACUAACACUUUCAAAGAAAAAAAAAGGUG